CUUGGACACAGAAACACCAAUCUUAAAAGUAAACUGUUCCUGUACUUUGACCAGGAAUCGUAACAGACAAAAAUAACUGCGUUCUCAAAUACAUUUCACGGCAACUACUACUCGACGUUUAGUAGAUAUUUCGAGAGAUCUUCCCAUAUUUAGCAUUACUAUCACGGAACGACAAAAAUUGUGAUAGUCUGGAACCUACAAAAUGUUGUGGAAAUAUUUUUCAGUUUUUCUCACUUUAGCUAUUCUCGGAUCACCACUAGUGCUUUCUGACUGUCCAGGUGGUUUCGUCCAUAAUGGAGAUUCUUGUUACUUGUUUUCAAUUCUUCGAGUCUCCUGGAUACAAGCCAUGAAAUUUUGUGAAAUUUACCAGGGAGAAUUAGCAGUUAUCGAGACAGAAGCAGAACAACUCUUUCUUGAAAGUUACCUUAAUUCAACGUGGAAAAAUGCAAAUCAGACUGAUGUUUGGAUUAGUGGAACUGACUUGCUAGUGGAUGGCGAGUGGAUCUGGGCUAAGGAAGGCAGGUCAAUAGAUUAUUUUCGAUGGGCUCCAGGACAACCAGACAGUUCACACAUGAGCAUGGGAGGAGAAGAUUGUAUUGAAUUAGUUCGUGGUAACAACUUCAUGUGGAAUGAUGCUCCUUGCGAAACGCACAUCAACUUUGUCUGUGAACGCCCAUUUAUGGUAUCAGCGGACUCAUAAUUUAUCACUGAUUAGUCUGUUAUAUGUAUUGCCAAAGACUUGAAAGUUUAAGUCUGUAUAUGAUUUGAAAGAAAUAAAAUAUUGAAAUCAAAAGAA